AUGGUAACACUUAAGCCUUCUGAACUGGAGGCAGUAGAGCGCGUUCUUAAAUCGCUAAGCGUCGAUCGCAAACUAUCGUGCGCUCUCGUCAAGGAUUACGCCGCUCUAAGAGCCUCGCCAACAAAAGGGCAUACGUCUGUUUUUACCGAUCCCGCUAAAGAGGCUGCACUAAGAAAACAAAUCGAGUCGUUGUUAGAGGACUCAGUUGAGGCAACGCAUCGCUUGGCGCGCUUACUAGAGAACGUGGAGAAGGGUUUCACGUUUGACAAACACGAUCUGGCUCUUUGCGAUAUCCUCCAUUUUUGGAAACGAGAUGUAGCUCUCCGAAUCGUUUUGUUAAGUCAAUUGCCUACUUGCGACACGCUGGACCUACAAAGACUGUUGUUCAUGUGGCUAGACAGCCCAUAUACGGUUAAAUUACCAUUUGUAAACGAUUAA